AUGAAUAAAUGUGAUUGUUGUGAAAAACUGAUAACUAAAAGACGUCCCGGCUUAGAAUGCAGCAAAUGCGAAAAAAUUGUGCACGCGAGCCAAGCCUGUACUAAUCUUUCAACUAAACAAAUUGCAGCAUUACGUAACGCAGAUAGCCUGGAAUGGACUUGCAAGGAAUGUCAACGAUACACUUCUAUAAGAAGAUCGUAUAUUAUCCCAGAAGAAGAAGAAUAA